AUGGGAUCGCUGAGUGACUCCUCAAGGUCUGUUCUGUUCGAGCGUCGUGAAGGGUGCUGGAGUGAGGCGUCGCUUGGAGAAAAGUAUUGCGCACAAGACGCACCAGCUGGCGUCAUUAUCUCCACUAAUAAGCUGACUAUGGCAUUCAGCCGAAAGCAGUUUAAGUCAAAUGAGUUCUCUGGUGGAGUUACUCCAACGACUACAUUUACUUCUCCAUCACCAAGCACAGCUCCUCCAUCUCCAGGAACGACCCCUUGCAGUAUCACCAGAGAGUACUGUAGUGAGUUAUCAAAAUUUUCGACUUCGUCUCUAAAGACAGACAGUUACACAGAUGGCUGCGGGGUAGCACCAAUUUCCGUUGGGAGCACAAAGAUUGUCAACGGAACGGCGGCGUCAGUGGGCGAGUAUCCUUACCAAGUGAGGGUUCUAGCCACCUUCGCUGGCCAAGAGAAUAAGUGUGGGGGAUCAAUCAUCAAGGAAAGGUGGAUUCUUACUGCUGCCCAUUGCUUUUACGACAAUAGCAACAACAAGGCGACGAGUGUCGACAUUAUCUACGGCACAAUCGACAUCAACGGCAUCGGCGGUACAAGGGUUACGGCUUCGAGGUUCAUCGACCAUCCGGGAUACGACUCGAGUACCUAUGCCAACGACAUCGCACUGGUAGAGCUGCCGCAACCUCUGAAUUAUGCGACCGAUGCCAAAAUCCAACCGAUCUGCUUGGGACUGGAAGAGGACAUACCCUUCGGAGGCAAGGCGGUGGCGUCGGGAUGGGGAGACCUGUCGUUUGAGGGGUCAUCACCUGACGUCCUGCAGGAAGUAGAGUUAGAUAUCAUCACAAUAGACGAGUGUCAGCAGAAGGGACUCUUUACCGCCAGACACAAACUC